AUGGAUUGCAGUCAGGGAAACCAUAUGGCGAAUGAUGUGCUCUUGCCACCACAGGUGACAGAAUCUUUAGAGUUGUGUUGUUUCAAGCGUCUCGCCUUGCAUGUGAGAGAUUUUACUGCGUGUUGGACGAUCUUACCACCACAGAACCCUACUUCUCUUAUCCCCCGAUUAUUCUGCUCAAUAAACUCGGUCGACGGCAAUUCCCCCGACGUGGAUACAGUUUUCCGUAUUGUUAGCGGCGCUUCCUUGAGUCAGAACUUGAAACAGUCUCUCAAGACGUUUGAUAGCGUUCUUUCCUCUCUCUUAUUCCUCUUUGUGCUUUGCCUUCUUUUUCUCGUGUUAUCUGCAUUCGCUUUCUUCCUCUGGUUGUUACAGGUAAGAAAUAAACAAACAAACAAAGGAAAGAUGCCUCUGAAGAUGGUAGACGCUACAAUAUCAAGCUUCGAUCAAGUUUUCGAGAAGUUCAGGUCUGAAGCACCGACGAAUCAAUUCAAUCUCAUCGUCUUCUUAGCUGACAAGGACCCAUCCACCUCUCUCAGCUGGUGCCCUGACUGUGUCAGAGCUGAACCUGUGAUAUACAAGAAAUUGGAAGCUUCAUCAAGUAAUGUAGCACUUCUUCGAGCUUAUGUUGGGGACCGGCCUACUUGGAGGAAUCCUCAGCAUCCAUGGAGGGUUGACUCUAGGUUCAAGCUCAAAGGUGUCCCAACACUAGUGCGCUGGGAGAAUGAUGCAGUCAAUGGCCGCCUUGAAGACAAUGAAGCCCAUCUUGAACACAAAAUUGAUGCCCUCAUCUCUGGCAAAUGAGUUUCCUGGCUCAAUAUUAUUGCCAUUCGGAUAGACUGUUCAUCAUUAUAGGAUGAUCAAGAACUUAUUAGGAUGUGGGAGUGAGUUGCCUUUCAACUAAUUACUUUCCAUUGAUCUUUUAUCAUAUACAUAUAUGAUUCUCUUAUAUUAUCUACUCAGGUAACGCUUCACCUACCUUUCCCCUAUUGUCAAUGAUAUGUUGUGGACAAUGAUCUGUUGAUGAAAACUGGUUGUUGACAGUUGAAAUA